AUGGAUAUUUUUAGAAACGUGUUAAAAGGUCAUGGGUCGGCAUUAAUGAGAAGACUAGUUACUGUUUUCUAUCAAACACUGGAUGGAUUUGUGAUUGGAAUUUUAGGAUCUUCAAUACCUGCAAUAUCAGAAUCUUUAAUGGCAUAUUUUUUUAUAGGGAUCGGAGCAGGAGCACUUACAAUUUUAAUUCCUCUUUCUUUGAAAAUGAAAUACCAAUGCUGAAAUUCUGAUGGAAUGACUAAAUUUUUAUUUUUGGUGUUUAUAGGUGAUGAGCGAUAAUAGACCGUAAAGGCUAACUCCCCCCUCAUCCUUGAUCGAACGAUUGACUGUAAAAAUUCCUAAAAAUUGGGAAAUUAACCCCCAUCCUUGAUCGAACGAUUUUCAUAUCAUAACAAUUUUUUAUAUAUAUAAAAAUAUAAUAGUUGUCAAAAGCUUGGGAAGAUGUACAUAAUGAAGUUGCUUUCAGAUACUUUGAGACGACAGAAAGCUUCGAAAUCAACGAUAGAAGUGAUUCAGUCAUCAACCUAGGCUUAAAAACUCAAUAAUCUAAUAAAAUAGAGACUUUAAAAUUUUUAAAAAAAAAAAUUAAUUUAAUAAGGAACAAAUUAAAAUUUAUACAGUUUAAAGGGGUAACUAAUAAAUCAAAAUAUAUUAAAAAUUGGUAUUUUUAUGAGAUUAAUUCAAUUUUUUGCUGUAAAAAUAAUUAUUAAAUACUUUUAACACUCUUAUUUAAAAGUAAAUAAAACAAAUAUCUAUAUAUUUUUUAUUUUAUAUAUAAAAAAUUUUUUUCCCAAAAAAAUUGUUUUUAACCCCCAUCCUUGAUCGAACGACGGCGAGUCGUUCGAUCAAGGAUGGGGGGGAGUAAGUAAAACACCAACAGAAAAAAAAAUGGUCCAAGAUGCUUGCUUUAUGCAGUCUAAGCCAGAUUAGGCAUCUCAAAAUAUUAAAUAGAGAGUUGUCAUUUCAUUUGUGAGUUUCAAAAAAAUUGGCAAAUACAAUUUUAUUUUAAAAAUUAAUUGAUUGUCACUAGUGAUCUAUUAAAAUGCAGUAGUAUACAAUCAGUAUUGGAAUUUCACUUGCUUAUUUGAGCUUGUUUAUCAAUGGGUUUUUCUUAGCUUUAUGACUACUCGUUGCAAGUGGGAUUUUAUUAAGUGCGAUUUAUUUUGACGCUACAGGAAUUGAUGAAUUAAAAUCAGUUAUUAAAGUUCAAGCCAGUGGCAUUAUAAUUAUGGGAAUUUGUGUAGAAAUUGCGUGCAUUGGAAUGUGGAGAUUUGUUUGGAUUAUUUUUUUGGUAAAAACUAUUUAGCCUAUUGUAGUUCUCCUUUCUGUCUUUUUGCUAUAUGCAAUCUUAGAUGCAGCUGAUAGAGUUGAAACAAGAGAUAAUGUUUUUAAAGAAAAUUUAGAGAUUUGGCAAGGCUUCCCAAAAUCUUGCUUGUUGGCAUUACCGAAAUUUUUGGUUUUUAUCAAAGAACGAAUAAAGAGAAAAAAGUCAAAUUAA